AUAGAGGAUGAAGGUGUCCGGAGGGUACCCAAGUGGGGGAAACUGCUCUAGGGCAGGUACGGAAACCUGGAAACAUUGUCCUGGGAGGAGGCAGGAUGAGGGGAAACCUCUGUCCGGGAGGCUGGAGCCCAGGGCCAGAGACAUGGAGGGCCACGGGAAGCAGAAACCUCAGUCCAGGGGCGAGAGCCCGGGGCGCCGAGGGCUGCCUGCAGAGGGAAGCUGGGGAUGGGAAGGAGCGGGAUCGGCGGGGGAGUUGCUCUUGGGUCCGCGUGGCCGUGCAGCGGCGUGGCGGGUGCCGCGCACCCUUCGGUUGGCCAACUUCCCCUCGGAUCCCCUGCCAGACGGUCCCCGAGAUGAAGGGGCACUGGGGCGACAGAGGGUAAGAGCCGAGCCCACCUUCCCACAACGCUUUCCUGAAGGAUACAUUGGAAAGGGUUCUGGAUCCAACUUGCUGAGGGACAAGAGACAAAAUGGCAUCAAAUUUUUUGCCGCCAACACAGACUUCUGGAGAAAAAUUAAAGGAAGAAUUGCCCAAAAAGGAAAGGCCAUGUAAGAUCUUUUUCAAAGAUCUCUUUCUUUUCAAAGAAAAUGAAUUAGCAGCAAAAAGAAAGGAAAAAUUUAUGAACCGCAGCAUGAAAAUACACCAAAAGUCGACUUUUUCAUCCCGAAUGAAGAGUCGUUCACACCUGAGCAAAAUAGCUUUUUAUGCUGAAACUCCUGGUGGCUCUUUUGAAAAUCUGGGGCUAGAUCCAACCCUUGUUCUCAGAUUAACAGAAGGCUCAGACACCAAAAGGACUGUCCAUGAAUUCAUUAAUGACCAGAGAGAUCGGUUUCUGCUUGAGUAUUCUCUGGCUACCAAAAGAAACACAAUUAAAAGGUUUGAAAGAAGCAUAGCAUUGAAGGAAAAGAAACUCAAAAAAGCAGAAAGAAAACUCCAAGAUGAUGCAAUGGCCUUCGAAGAGUUCCUUCGAGAAAAUGACCAGAAAUCUGUAGAUGCUCUCAAAACUGCAGCACAAGAAACUAUAAACAAACUCCAAAUGACAGCAGAGUUAAAGAAAGCAAAUAUGGAAGCACAGACAGUGAAAAGUGAAAUAGCAAAAACAGAAUUCCUCCUAAAGGAGUAUAUGAGAUAUGGAUAUUUUCUGCUGAAAUUGUCUCCAAAACAUUGGCAAAUGCAGCAAGCACUAAAGAGGAUGCGUAUACCAAUAAAUAAGGAAAAUAUGAGUUUAAUGCUUCCCAAACUGUUAGCAAAUACAUUACAGGCAAAGAAAAGAGAGGACAACUUGGAGGGGGCAUCCAGGAGGGCAUCAUUUUCAGAAGACCCUUCUCUGGGGAAAGGUAGCCAAGGAAAGCAGCGCGGGAAGCCCACUCCCACUCUAGAGAAAAUGAAAUCCUUCUCACCGAACCACCCUGAAAGUAUCAGUUCAGAAGACAGUUCUGAAUUUGAUGAUACAGACUAUAAUCUGGAACCAGAGCUUUAUUUCAAAGAACCAGAAGAGUUACUUCAAGUUCUCACAGAGCUGGAAGAGCAGAAUCUUAUAUUGGUACAAUAUUCCCAAGAUAUAGAUGAAAAUCUUGAAGAUGUAAAUAAAAGAGAAAAAGCUAUACAGGAUAAAAUAAAUACCAACAUAGAGUUUCUUUUGGAGCACAAGGAAAUACUUCAGGCUAACUGUUUGAGAGAAGAGGAAAAAGCGGCAGAAUUGGAAUUAAGGUCCAGGCUAUUUAGUUUUGGAGAAUUUAAUUCAGAAGCACAGGAAAAACUGAUAGACUCUCUUAGUAAAAAAAUCAAUCAAGUGUACAAAGUUUGCAUUGGAGAUGCUGAGGUUGGCAGCCUCAACCCAGUACAAAAGCUGGUAAAAGUGGAGUCUCGCCUGGUGGAAUUGAGUGAUCUCAUUGACUCUGUUCCCAAAGAAAAUGUGGAAGCAAUUGAGAAGCUAAAACAAAAAGAAAGGCAGCAAAAAUUGCGUGAAGACAAAAUAAAAGAAAAGCAAAAACACCAGGAGGAGAGGCUAAAAGCUGCUCUGGAAAGAGCAGUUGCACAACCAAAGAAAAAGUUGGGAAGACGACUUGUCGGUCGUUCAAAACCUCCACUUGGUAGCAAACACCAAUUACUUUUAGUCAAUGAUACAACAAAAACACAAGAGGAUGAAUAUUUUUUUACUUGAAUUAGAAGUAAGACGUUUUAUUGCUAGAAUGUCUGAGGCACAUUUUGUCGAUUUUGGUUUCAGUAAUGGCAAUAUUCUGCACCAAAUCUGUCCUAAGCAAUUUGAAGAAGACAGGCCCUUAUUCUAAAGGUUGUAGGAUUGGGAGUGGAGUGAUACAACUAAAUGGCAAAUGACUAUUAAAAUGUAGUAAUGGCCAUUCUCUGACAUGAAAUCUUAAAUGAUGUUCUCAUUUUUCUCAACCAGUAUACAGGAAAGUUAAUAGCAUACAUUGCAUCACUAUGGAAUACACAUUUUAAUGAUGUACUCUCUAAAAUAUCUAAAGGGUUUUGGGGGGUUUAAAACUUAAGUGAAAACUGGUCUCAGAACAUAA